AUGUGCCGAGACGCGGAGCUCAGCAUCUGCAAGCUCUCAGACAUCCAAGUUUGCCUGUUCAGGAACUGUGAAUUCCACAGUACGCAGUCAGUAUUGAUUUUAUGUUUCCCUUUGCAAAAAAAGGGGGAAAAUCACCCGUCUCCUAAUUUUAACCAGUAUGUGAGGGACCAGGGCGCCGUGACGGACCAGCUGAGCCGUCGGCAGGUCCGGGUGUACCAGCUCUACAGUCGAACCAGCGGGAAACACGUUCAGAUCCAAGGCAGAAAGAUCAACGCUAAUGCUGAAGAUGGGAAUACGUUCGCGAGACUGUAUGUGGAAACCGAUACAUUUGGCAGCCGGGUUCGGAUCAAAGGAGCCGAAAGUGGACACUACCUUUGCAUGAACCGCAGAGGAAAACUUGUGGGAAAGCCAUCUGGAAAAAGCAGAGAGUGCCUCUUUACAGAGAUUGUCUUGGAAAACAACUACACGGCGUUUCAAAACGCGAAAUAUGAAGGCUGGUACGUUGCUUUCACGAGAAAGGGGCGGCCGAAGAAAGCAUCCCAAACCAGAGAGCACCAGAGGGAGGUCCACUUUAUAAAACGGCUCCACAAAGGCCCAUUGCCUUUCCCCAACGAGAGACACAAACACUUUGACUUCAUCAGCUUUGCUCAGCAGAAACGGGCCAAGCGCAACAGAAAAUCACAGACUUUACCUUAACGGUAUUCAAAGUGUAAAUAGGACU